CACUCCGCGCCGCCGUUGAAUUGAUUUAUACAUUUGGACGUAGAUAAAUUUUGUAAAUUAUAUGUAUGAGAAAGCUUAUUGCUUAUAUAUUUAUAUCAAAGAAAAUCUAUUUGAAUAUUAUUGAAUUGCAUUAUGUGCAUAUUUUUUUACAAUGGCAGAAGCUUGUAGGCUUGGAACCACAACAGACAGAAAGAUUGUCUGUACUCAAGACGAGAAUUAUUGUGUUUUUAAUGUUCUAAGUGUAUUUAUAUCCCUCGUGUCCAUACUUGCAGAUUUAACAACAGAUAUUCUAGUUUUUGCAGAAUAUUGUAAGGAUGGCUAUCUGUAUUGGGCUUUGUCAACAAUGAUAUUCAUACUAUCUCCAAAUAUUUUAAUAAAUAUUUUUUCAAUAAGAUGGUUUAUUAUAGAUCAGGAAUCAAAACUUCGCCAUUGGAUUACUCAUUGUUGUCUAGUUGGAUUAUUAGAAAGGUAUACAAUAUUUCUACAGAAAGUAUUUUCCUGCAAAAAUUUAGAGUCAAUGAAAACACAAAAAUUAAUAUGUCAACGUAAUGAUUUGAGUCUCUUGCACUUUUUAUAUAUUUUCACAGGAACUGUACCACAAAUUAUAUUACAAACAUAUUCUAUAAUUAUGUUAAAUGAGAAUUAUCAUACAAAAGUUUUUGCUUUAGUAGCGUCAAUAGCAUCUGUGAUAUGGGGUUGUGUAACAUAUAUUUACAGUAUUACAACAUUUAGUAGCAAUAAUUUUAAAUGGAGUUCGAUUAUUUUAAAACUAACAUGGCAUUUUGGGAUAUUAUUUGGCAGGAUUGCUGGAAUCUUAUUGUUUACCAUAAUAUUCGGUAUUUGGACAUUAAUUCCAUUAGGUUUACAUUGGUCAGCAAUGACAUUUUGGAUUAUUACACAGAAAACAACAUUCUGUCCGAAUAAAUUAGAGGAAACAUUUUACAAUGCCAUCAUGGGUUUUGUAUAUUGUUUUUGUUAUAUUAAUUUACGGGACGGUCACACAAGGUAUCGCCUUUUAAUGUUUUACACAUUAAUAGUCACUCAGAAUUUUGGUAGUUUACUUUUGUACGUGCUGAUAUCAGAUUCAGAAAAGCAGAAAAAAUCCUGGUCUAUUGCUGCAACUGUGUGUGUAAUUGUUGGGACUCUAAUUGGUAUGAUAACAAUGAUAUUAUACUAUAGAUUCUUUCAUUCAAAAGGGCCGAUUCCUUGGAAAAAUUCUCAAGAUGAUGUCGAAUUGAAUAACAAAGUUGUAGCACCAAAAUGUGAAAGCAAAAACAAUAAACAUAAUGGACUAAAUCAUGUCAGAUCUUUUAAAAGUGCCAAAGUCAAUGAAACAAGAAUUGAUUCAACUACAAGUAAUCAACAAUUACCCCAAAAUGAUAGUGAUAAUGCUGAUAAAAAGUUCCUAUUAGAUCAUUGGAUUGCUAGAUCCGGGUCACCAACAUUUACAUCAGCUCCAGUUGGAAAUUUAAGUAUGGAUGUUUCAAGCAUAGAAUUGUACUCGAUUGAAAAUACACCACAAUCUGUUACUUCAAAGAGAGACAAUCAAACAAAUACAAAAAUAGCAAAAAAGAAAAUUUGCUCACCGACGGAAUUGAAUCUCAAGUUGUCAUCAAUUGAAAAUCUUGAGAGUUCUAUUGAUGAGAUUACAUCAAGUACGUUAAAUUUACAGAAACGACGAGGAAUUUGUUCAUCAGAUGAAUUAAGAGAUGACUUAACUAAUUUAAAUUUAGAGAAUUGCAAUAUUGCAAAUCAUGAUUUUGUAAAAACUAUCAAGACUGAUAGUUCAGAAAUUAGUCAUGAUACUGAUGGUACAAAUAAGAAAACUUCAUCAGAUUCAAUUGACAUGGACUUAGAUUUAAGUUUUAGUGAUAUUAACAGUUCAGACAUAAAUACUUUUAAUGAAAAUAUUGUACAGAAGCUCUGUUUAAGCGCCUUAAAAAAUAUUAAAGUUGGAAACCAAGAUGCAGACAUAGAAAAUAUACAAAGAAUAGCACUUGAUAUACUCAAAGAAAUGUAUACAAAGAAAGAUAAAAUAAAAAACGGUAUAACUAGUGAAUUGCUACAGUCCAAACGAGACCUUGAUACACCCACAGAAAUUCUAUCAGUUCAUGAUUACGAAAAUAUAUGUGCUGUAAAUAUUGCAAGAGAAGCUUGGGGUCUAAGAUCUUGGAAUGGAUAUUGUGAUAUAGAAAAUUGGUUACAUGAUGGUAGUGUUGUCAGAGAUAGGAGUAGGGACACUUUAACCUCAGGUAGCUCUGAAAUCAGCAGUUGUCUGUCACAAGAAUUAAAAAAUGCCAUAUUAGCUGCGCCGUCGUUUCCUAAGAAGGCACAUACAUAUUCUAACGUGUUUGUCAAAUUUGAGAGAAGUAGUCAAGAAGAUUAUGCUAAUACAGUCAUGUGUCACUCUAAUGAUGACACUUUCUUAGCUAAGCCUUGUAUGAUAGAUAGUAGUAAAGACCCCAAUCAUUUAGAACCAAUUUUAGAAGAACUUGAUGAUUUAGGUGACAUUGACAUUUCAUGUAAAAAAAGAUUGAAUUCAGAAAGCUCUCUUGUUGCAACUAUAGAUGAAAUAAGGAAAGCCACAGUAACAAAUUCUCCAAGAAACUUGUACCAUAGAAGAGAGCAUCAAUGGGAUUCUCCACAGUUUCACUCAUCUGAUAAAUCAGAAACAAGUCUUAAGAAAGCCAUAUGGAAAGAACCUUAUAAAUUUGAUUUAAGUAAUAAAAUGGAAACCUUGCCAGAAAAAGACUGUAUUUUAGAUGUAUCACAUGGCACGAAGUUUGAAUCAAAUAUAAAAGAUUCAAAUGUUUUACCAGUGUCAACUUCUUCAAGUUUAGAUAGUAGUAAAAGUCAAAAUAAAAAUAUUGCAAGGCGACAAAAGUCAACAUGCACAAAAGCUCAAAAUAAAAAACUGAAUAAUAAAUCUGAACAGCAAAUCCACGAUCUCUCAAAUAAAGAUAUCGACUUUUUAUGGCAACUAGUGACAGAUAACACAUUACCUAUAAGCUCGAUGGAAGAUAUUUCAUUAAGUAGAAAAACACCAUCAUUACAAUCUUUAAUACAAAAAGAAACCCCUCAAAACUUGGUUAAUACAACAACAUCUAAAAUAUCAAACAUUAAGAAAAACGUUCGAGGUAGACCAAGGAGAAAGUUUUCUAUUUUAAGAGAAAGAUUUGAACCAAAGCCUAAUUUACAUUCAGAUGAGGAAAUUUUAUAUCAUCGUUCUGAAAAUGUGUCCCAACAAGUUGACGCUAAUAUAAUGAAUGUUCGAAACCAAUUUGACGGUCAUAUCAACCAAACAGAAAUAUGUCCCCAAAAACAAACAAAUACGAUAACAAGUGAUGAAAAUAUAUGUUCUAUGUUAUCAAAUGUGCCGUCAAAAAGUAUUAAGGAAAAGAGAUCAUUAUUUAUGAAACAGGUGCUCAGCCCACCAAGAUUUAAUACUAAGUUAAGACAUAAGGUGUAAUUGAUGAUCAUUAGCCAAUUUUUAAUGUUCCUACGAAGAUAAAACUCCUAAAUAGUGAUUUAUUGAAUGGUAACAAUUUUAGCAUUGUGAUGCAUUUAAGUUUAAAAUAUGUUUGUACUUAAAAUAAGUCAAUAUCAACAUAGAUCUCACCGUAAGUGUAGUCAUUUUAAUAACGUUUCCCAUUUAUUGAAGUUUCGUAGUUGUACUUUUGAAUUUCGUGAUUGAUUGCGUAAAGAUAUACAAAACGAUAAUUUGUCAUAUAACGAUUUAGUUUUUGUAAAUUGAUUUCAGUCAUUAGGCAUUUAAGAAAAUAAAUUACAAACCACCAAUCAAGAUGCUUAAAAAGAGCAAAUGUUGAGAGGUAAUUUAAACACCAGGUACUAUGGUCAUCACCUAGUUUUGAUGCAAUAGUAACCAUAUUUCUUUGUUACUUUUAUUUUUUGUUCUCAAUUUUGUCGUAAUAUUGUCUUAUAAUUAACUUAAAUGAAAUAUCGUAAGAACUAUUUCAGUUAUGUUUAAAUUUAAGAUUAUUUCAGUCAUCAUUCAACUACAUACAUUUUUCUGGUGAUACCAUAUAAAAAGAGUAUAGUCGACAUAAUUUAUCUUUUCAACAGUAUAAUGUAGGAUUUUUUCUAUUACUAUUGUUUAUUAUAAUUAAUAUUUUCACGACUGCUAUCAGGGACAGAAAAGCAUAGAAAGAUAUAGUCAAAUUUCAAUUUUAUUAAUGUCUAAAUUUUUGUCUGAUGUAAAUUUUCCGUUUUUUUGUCACGGGAACUUUUAUAGCUUAUG